AGAAGUUCUAAGCUUCUAGGUAACAAGCUUAAGCGUUGUUUUAUCUAUCUACAGCUUUACACUUGUGGGCUUUACCAGAUUUUAGACGGCUUAAGGGUGUCCUCGAUGUCCAAUAUGCAGGGGGGAGCAACACACCACGCCCUCUCCUCCCUCUCCUCCUACAGCUCUGCCCCGCCCCUCCCUCCCCUCAAGGCUGGAGUGGGUGAGGUCCCCCCUGGGUCGGAGCUAGACUGUACAGAGCAGGGGGGAGGAGGAGGGUAUCAUCAUAACGAGAAAACGACAAAUCCCUGGAAAUAUCAAAGUUUUCAAGUUCUAUAGAUUUAUAUUGUUUCGUGUUUAUCUAUUCAUAUUCUCCAGUUUUCUUUUCAAUUUCACAUUCACUACCCUCUGUUCUUUCAGACCUUUCUAGUGUUCCUUUCCUUUCCUAGACCUAACAUUUUACCUUUCCUGAAUUUAAUAUUUUCCUUUCCUGGACUCAACAUUUUUCUUUUCUUAGGCUAAUUUUUUCUCCGUUCCUAAACUUAAAAUGUUUCCUUUCAUGAAUUCAAUUUUUUUCCCUGGCCCACAAAGCAUGAGAUUUUAAUGACUGGUGAUGGCUCAAAUAAAGUUUUCAAAUUUUGAACUAAAAGAUUUGACAAAAAAGAAGCAAGGUUACAGUUGCAAUAACAUAUUAAAUUCUGUAUUCCGUGUCGAGCCGUCUCUAAGGUCUCAUCCUGUACCUGUCCUUCUCUUCUUUUCCUACACUUUUCUUUCACAUCUUUUUAUUUGUAGUCACACUCACAUCUUAUUCCUUUCUAUUUAUUUUCCUCAUUUCUAGCAAUCUCAAAUCAUGCCAUUUAAAAAUUUCUGAUGUAGAUUUUUAAAUUGUAUUUGAUGACAAAGUACAGUGUGCGCAAUUAAACGUGAAAAUUUAAAGAACACCGAGUAUGCCAUAUUUAUCAUCUAUUCCUUAUAGCUUAAAAAUCUUGUUAAAUACCCUUUUAGGACAUAUAUUAAACAAAUUCCUAGCAUUUAAUUGUUAUUUGUUUAACGCACUUCGAUAAUAUUGAGUAAUAAACUUGGUCGUCUUUAAAUCAUCAUGUGAACAGGGACACACUGUACAUAAAAUAGUUGGCAGUUGUUUUACAUGUACAAAAAUGUACAACCUUUCAUUGUUCACUAGUAGUAAAGGUUACACAGUACAUGUAACGCCAAAUAUAUCAAAGACGACAUUCAGUGAAUUCUUUAUGAAAAUAUUUUCUCUUCUCUUCAUUCAUUCUUUCCCAAAGUCGGUCUGUUUCCCUUUGCUUGAUAAUUUGAUUAAAGGGACUGUAGAUGUAAUUGUUAAGUAACACUUCAAUUCCAAGAAGUGCAUGUCAGAUUCACAAUUCUUUGAAAAUUGAUUAUUUUUUUGUAGCUUCUCUAGGAAUUUCUGCUUUAGAAACAAUCGAAAUCUUUCAGAUUUGAAGGGUUCAACUUUAAAGUUUACCGUUACACUAAAUCGUACGUGCUCAUCAUUAAAUAAUGAGAGGUCACUUGAAAUUACUACCACGUACAGUCCCUUUAAUAGAUGAUUGCCUAAUUUAUUGCCAUAUACAAUGCAUAGAGAGAGGGGAAAAGUAUGAUUUGUUUAAAAUAUAGUUAACAGAUAUAUCAUAAUUUUAAACAUAUCAGAACAAAAGUUAUAAUUAUUUGUAUGCUUGUUUAACCAAAACUUAUUGUGAGUAAGUAAUUAUUUUUUAGUAAGUGAUUAUUUAUUUAUGAAAUAUAAC